CGCCACCGCCACCGCCGCCGCCGCCGCGCUCGGGCUCGAGCUCCGCGCACUCCCUGCGCGGCCGCCGAGCCGAGCGGACGCCCUCGGGGCCGCGCCGCAGCCCUCUGCGCUCCCACCUAUCAUGCCCCGGGCCCGGGCCCGGGCCGCGCAAGCACCCAGGACACCAUGCCCGAGGGCGGCGGAGGCGACAGCGGGGAGGUGCCCGCGUUCAUCCCGGAUGGCGAGCCGCUGCGGGAGGAGCAGCGGCCCUUGAAACAGUCCCUGGGAAGCUCCCUGUGCCGAGAGUCGCACUGGAAGUGCCUGCUCCUCACGCUGCUCAUCCAUGCCUGCGGCGCCGUGGUGGCCUGGUGUCGCCUGGCCACCGUGCCCAGGCUGGUCCUGGGGCCUGAGGCAGCUCUGGCCCGAGGGGCCGGGGCCCCCCCGCCCACCUACCCGGCCAGCCCCUGCUCCGACGGCUACCUGUACAUCCCGCUGGCCUUCGUCUCCCUCCUCUACCUCCUCUACCUGGCCGAGUGCUGGCACUGCCACGUGCGCUCCUGCCAGGCCCCGCGCACCGACGCGGGCACGGUGCUGGCGCUGAUCCGCCGGCUGCAGCAGGCGCCGCCGUGCGUCUGGUGGAAGGCCACCAGCUACCACUACGUGCGCCGCACGCGCCAGAUCACCCGCUACCGGAACGGCGACGCCUACACCACCACGCAGGUCUACCACGAGCGGGCGGACAGCCGCACGGCGCGCGGCGAGUUCGACUACUCCGCCCACGGCGUCCGCGACGUCUCCAAGGAGCUGGUGGGCCUGGCCGAUCACGCGGCCACGCGGCUGCGCUUCACCAAGUGCUUCAGCUUCGGCAGCGCCGAGGCCGAGGCCUCGUACCUCACCCAGAGGGCCCGCUUCUUCAGCGCCAACGAGGGCCUGGACGACUACCUGGAGGCCCGCGAGGGCAUGCACCUGAAGGACGUGGACUUCCGCGAGUCCCUCAUGGUCUUCGCGGACCCCCGCAGCCCGCCCUGGUACGCCCGCGCCUGGGUCUUCUGGCUGGUGUCGGCGGCCACGCUGUCCUGGCCGCUGCGCGUCGUGGCGGCCUACGGCACGGCCCAUGUGCACUACCAGGUGGAGAAGCUGUUCGGGGCCAGCUCGCCGCCCCCCGGCGCGGUGCCCAGCGGGCCCCCGCUCUCCCGCGUGGCCACGGUGGACUUCACCGAGCUGGAGUGGCACAUCUGCUCCAACCGGCAGCUGGUGCCCAGCUACUCGGAGGCCGUGGUCAUGGGCGCCGGCUCAGGCGCCUACCUCCGGGGCUGCCAGCGCUGCCGCCGCUCCCUCAGCAGCAACUCGCUGCCCCCGGCCCGGCCCAGCGGGCCCCGCCUGCCUUUCAGCCGCAGCCGCCUGUCCCUGGGAGCUGGGGGUCGGGCCACGCCAGGGGUCUUCCGAAGCCUGAGCGGGGGGCCACUGGGGCGCCGUGGAGAGGACACAGAGCCCCUGGAAAGCCCCCCGUGCUACGAGGACGCCCUUUACUUCCCGGUGCUCAUCGUCCACGGUGACAGCGGCUGCCAGGGGGAUGGGCAGGGGGCACUCUGAGACCCACGUGGCCUCCCGGAGCGGCCUCCUCCCCACCACCCUGCCACGGCCUUCAAUGCCUGAGCAGCUGUUGUCUGAGACGGAGGGGAAAACAGACCAGCACAUGAGGCGGGGGGUGGGGUGGGUAAAGUCCUUAAACAGACUGAAGCGCAGUGACCUAGGGUCAUUUUGGGGGUGAAUGGACAGCACUGAAGUUGAGUCCGUGGACUGUCCCAACACCCCCCCUGCCACCGCCAUGACGUUCCACCCCCUGCAGUGGUUGGUGAUCCAGCUUAGGCCCCUCUCAGGUUGGGCAGUGGGUGGCGGGGAUGCUUCCAGAAAGCCUGACGGGGGAAGAGUCCUGGGGACAGCUGUUGCAUGCAGCCGAGGGCUGCCUCUAGGCUCUUCCCUGCACAGCUGAGGCCACACUGGGAGCCCUCGAGCAACCCAGAAGCACAAAUUGGUGGUUUGGGGCCAUGCCUGGCCGGGCCAGCCUCCAUGAAGCUGAGGAGCUGGCCGUGGCUACUGGCCCCAAGUCCCCGUCCUCCUCCCCUGACACGCCCCUCCCUGCCUGCCCCCUGGUCUUUGCUCAGGGCCAGUCCCCAGUCAGACCCUGCGGCACAGCCCCUGUACUGGAAGCCAGGUUCUUGGAGCAGAGCCUUGUCCCCCGUGGCCCCCUGUUUUUCCCCAGUGUGCCCUCCCCCAACAUCCAGCUCCCCUGUGACCUGGGGUUCCUUCUCAGGGCCCCACCUUGAUCCCACAACUCCUGGUCUCUGCUCUUGUGCCCCCCAAGGUCACCUCUGCCUCUCAGCCACCCACACGCUCCCCCAGGCUUUGCCCUCUCACUGCGCCCCCGCACUUCUCUGCUCUUCACCUUCCUCAUGACCCACGGGGCCCGGGCCCAGGGCAUCUGAGGGACUUCGGCCUUGGCCACAGCCUCUUGGACGAUGCACCUGCUCUGCCCCGGGGGCCCCUGCUUCUCCCACCGGUGGGGCCCAGCCCAGUGGACACCAGCCCUCCUCCAGGGAGGACAGAGGAGUCCCCUUCCAACUGGGCUUUCCACCACCUCUCAGGGCCCAGUGGGGGAGGGAGGAGGCGGAGAAGAUGCAGAUAAAAUAAAAAGGUAUGAAAUGGAAGGUCUUCUCAUGUGCAUUCCUAAGGGGUGUGUCCAAGGACACUACAUGUGCAAUGGGCCACCCAGGGUCAGUGAUUCAAUGCUUGGUUCUGGAAGGGGAUGCCGGGUUGGGCUCCAGUGCUCCCAGAAACAGGGUAAGCUGAGAGGGAACCCCCAACCCUGCGCAGCUGAGGGCCCAAGACCCAGGUUUGAGUUGCUCUGAGCAGCUGACUCCCACGGGCCAACUGGUAUCUGGAUCACUUUUAACGCAUCGUCUAAGUGGUCCAUCUUCCAGCCCGGAGGGGGUUUUCAUUCCACGGCUGGGCAGGCUGAGGACCAAAAGAUCAGAGUGGAAGGAAAGAGAUAUGGUCUGUGGUGCCAGUUCAGUGCCCCCGAUGGCUACUGGUGUUCGGGGGAGGGGGUGCUGAGCCGGGGGGAGGACACAGGGUGGGAAGCAGCCAGCCGCACGCCAGCACACGGGAUCUGAAGACCGGGAACAAGGGCGAAGGAAGGGCCUCGCUUACUCUUGGCAAUGGCAUCUUCCCAUGUACGGCUGUGCAAGAUGUUCACUGUGCCAGGGCACCCGGCUGAAGGGCACGUGUGGGUGGAAGCCAACCUGUGGGUGGCUCCUCCAGCCCCGGCUUGGAGCUGCCCCCUCCUGCACCAAGGCACCCUUCUCUAAUCUGUGCAAAAGCACCAGAAGGACUAGUGGCUCUAGAAGGGUCCUGGGAAGGGGUGGGAUUCACCCGGGCAGAGACAGGGCAGAGGGGUUUCUGGGCCAUGAGAGCUGCCCACACAAAGGCCUGGAUGCAAGGCAUGAAGCAAGGCGUGAAGAGGAGGGAGAAGCCAACAGCCGUGAAACACUUGGUAAGAUCUUCAAUACCAGACCUCAGAAAUUGUCUGUAAGCUGGGGCAAUCUGGAUCCACAAACGUGGUUGUGCAGGUUAGUGACAAGGUCAGGACCCCCUCUUAGAAUUUUAGGCAAAGUCCAGCUGCCUGUUGGCCAUGUGGGGAGGGAGGUGUUAGACCAAAGCUUUCCCUGGACAUCGCUGCCUCGCGUCUUUGGAAGUGAAGUUGGCUCUUUGUUCAGAAGCAACUUGAAAAAACUAUGGUACCCAAGCAUUUAAGGAGGCUGCAGGGACAGUGUGUGUGUGUGUGUGUUGGGGGCUGGGGGGACGUGGUUCACUGGAUCCAACUUCUGCCCAUGGAGAAGGUCUCCUUUUCCCAUAUUCCUGCUCUAACAGCACAGUCACGAACUACCUGCUAGCUAUGAUCCACUAUGCUCUCCUUCUUAACAGCAGAACCCCAGUUUUACUUCAGAUGGCAAUGAGCCCAGCUAAUAGGCAACAUUUCUAGCCUCCCCUGCAUAUAUAAUGUGACAGUGUGACUCAAUUUUAGGAUAUCAGAUACAAGCAGAAGGUGUUGGAAAGGAUUUUUAAGACAGCUCCAUGAAAUAGAAAUAGUAUCCGUGAAGGCUAGUUCUGUCCUCUUGUUUCAUCAUGUAUUCAGCCUGGAAUGCAGAUGUGAUGGUUGGAACUCCAGCAGCAAUGUUGGAUCAGGAUGUGAUCUUGAGAAUUGUACUCCUGUGCUGAGGCUAGCAGAACAACAAGAUAAAAGACCCUGGGCUUCUGAUGACAUCAUAGGAGGUUCCAUAUCAUCCUUGGGUUGCCUACUUCCAGAUUCUCAAUAAAAAGGAGAAAUAAACUUCCAGUUUGUUUUAAGCUACUGUUUCCGCCCCGCCCCUUGUUUCUAUUACUGGCAUCCUAUGUUAAUUAUCUACUACCACAUAACAAAUUACCCCAAAACUUAGUGGCUUAAAACAUUAAUAAUCAUUAUUAUCCCUCCUGGUUUCUGUGGGUCAAGAAUUCAGACAGGGCAAACAGGGAUGGUUUAAACUCUGCUUUGGGACAUCUAGGGCCUCUGCUGGAAGGUUCUAAAGCCGGGGGCAGAAUCAUCUGAAGUCUCAUUAAUUCAUAUGUUGGGCAGUUGGUGCUGACUGAUGGCUGAGGGCCUAACUAGGUCUGUUGACUGGGACACCCAAAGAGACCUCUCCCCAUGUAGCUUGGGCUCCCUCGUAACAUGGUGGCUGGUUUCAAGGACAAGUGUAUCAUGAGGGUAAAAGCUGUUAUUGUCCAUUAUGAUCUAGUCUUAGAAGCCACGCAUGCCACUUCUACCCCUUUCUGUUGGUCAAGUUUAUUAAGAAAAUCUACCCAGUUUCUAGGGGAGGAAAUAGAAGACCCACAUCACAGCGGGAGCUUGUCAACAUCACAUUGUACAAUUGGGAUGCCAGAUAGGAGAU